ACCUCUUACCAUUCGACUGUCUUGGCUGACGAGAAUACUCCUGUGUUGAUAGGAUACAUAACUUGUUCAUCAAUGAAAGACCGCAUAGAUGACUGCUCAUACUACACACCAACAAAGCAGUAUUGUUCACACAGCAAUGUUUUAUCUGUGCUUUGUAUACCGUGCAGUCUUGAUUUUGUACAUGGCACUGUGACAGCUGUCAAUGAGACGAAUCUUACUCUUACAUGUGAUGAUGAUUAUGAACCGGAACAAAUUCAUAUGCAAUGUUUUGAAAACGGAACUGUUGUCUACGAUGAUGUGUGCGCAGCAAAAUAUAGUUAUCCACUCAAUAUCACCGAUAUUCGUGGUGCUGGAAGUCGCAUUGAUAUCAUGGUUAAGGGAGAAUGGGGAAGUAUAUGCUCCGAUGGCUUUGGUUCGAAUGAAGCGACUGUUAUUUGUAAAAUGUUUGGAUUGAACUACAGGUCAUACAGUUAUUGGUAUGGAAGUAGGCAUAUCUUUAUAGACAAUUUGAAGUGUAAUGGCUCAGAGUCACACAUAAAUGAAUGUAACUACACCGUUCUCAACAGUUGUACAAGUGUAUAUAGAGCUCGCGUUUACUGUACAGCAUACCCAUUGAAUAUAACAGAUAUACGUCUUAACAGUACUAUAAGCAGUCGACAGGGACGAGUAGAAGUAAAAGUUGGAGGUGAAUGGGGAACAGUUUGUGAGGACGGUUUUGGACGUACAGAUGCAUUAGUAGUGUGCCGAAUGCUUGGAUUUAAUAUAUCGUACUCAAACGUUCUAUAUCUUGGUACAGCUUACUUUGGGCCCGGAAGUGGACAAAUAUUUGUUGAUGAACUUGCGUGCAGUGGCGAUGAAUAUCACCUCAAUGAGUGUUAUUAUAUACCCGAACAUAAUUGUGGACAUUAUGAUGACGUUUCAGUAAUAUGCUCUGAACAUCCUUUUAACAUCCGUCUUAACAGUACUGUAAGUAGCCGGCAGGGACGAGUGGAAGUAGAAGUUGGAGGUGAAUGGGGAACAGUAUGCGAUCACGGUUUUGGACUUACAGAUGCAUUAGUAGUAUGUCGAAUGCUUGGAUUUAAUGUAUCGUACUCAAAUAUUCUUUAUUUCGGUAAUGCUUACUUUGGACAAGGAAAUGGAGCAAUUCUUUUUAGACAUCUUUCAUGCAAUGGUGAUGAAUUUCAUCUCAGUGAGUGUAACUACUUUCCCCCCGAUUACUGUGGACAUCAUGACGACGUAUCAGUUAUAUGCUUUGGUAAAUUGCUUUAG